ACAAGUUUAUAAUGAAUUAAUAAUGUUCUUAUUAAUUUUCAAAUUUCUGUUAUCGUCUACAGCAAAAUCAUGAACUCGCCUGAUAAUGACUUCUAUCGUGGCUAAAGCAAUCGUCUGCUUUUGCAGUCGUUGAUAACCUGUCUUACUCGAGAAGAGAACAUGUAGAAACACUGAUAUAAUUCUCCCAUCAAUCGAUUCCUCUUCCCAUCGCGGAAUGUACAAUUCUAUCAAACUGUUCCGUAAAUUCUUCACGAAGACCGGAAGUUGGAUGACGUUUAAUCGACUCGCGCGUAUGAAGAGUUAUUAUAUCAGAAAGCGUGACGAGCUGAAGUAUAUCAGAAGAUGUCGCGUCGCUAUCGUCGGCAUCGGCAAAGUCGGCAAGUCUUUAGCAUACUUGCUGAAGAUGUAUCUGAGCGGCCUCAUGAAACUACGACUUUCGACUAAUCGGAACAAUCUCGAGGGAAUUACUGAAGAGUUGAAUAUAUCGACAAAAUUGUCAAUUCGAGAGUUUAAGUAUAUUGAUAGACUGCCGUGGGAUCUAAAAAGUGUCGAUACAAUUGUGGUGACUAUUGGAGUCUCUAAGAAGCCCAACAUGCAUAGGAGACAUUUGUUCGUGGUGAUUUUAGAUAUUUCGAAUUAUAGAUUCAUUAUUGUUAUGAAUACCGCGACAUUAUGGAUCUUGCGAGAUUUGUAUUAUAUAAUAAUCUUUAUACAUCAUUACACGCACAUACACACAAUAUAGUUGUGCAAAUAUUAAUAAUUCAAAUCAAACCACGCAAAUAUUAAUAAUUCAAACGGAGAUGUAAUACGGAUA